GUUCAAAAGAUCAGUGACUCAACCAAUUACCAAGAUUUUGAUUUUUUUCCCAGUCUGUGAGUAUUUGCCAGACUUCCCGUUUUGGAUGUAUUUAGUGGGGCAACUAAUGAAUUUUUCGCAGUAGAGUGAUUGGGACACAUCGUUCUGAACAACUACAUGAUUUAUCAGAUGUUGAAUAACGCGUACACGAAACUGACAGUCGAAGCUGCAUAACAUACAACACCCAUUGUUCCUUCAUCGUGAUAUUAAGACUCUAAAUACGACGCAUCAAGACUCUCGUAGUACACUGAGUCUGCUUUGUAUACUUGUAGAGCAAAUACUAGCAGCUUUAGUCCCGUUGCGUCCACCAGACGAUCAAUCAAAAUGGCGUCGUUGGGUAAGAGACAGACAGUGACGAUCUCGCAGGAAGCCCGCAACCGUAUUGCCAAGGAAGGGAUCCGACCGGCAGAAUGGCUGGAGCAGACGAAGAGCCAGAGGCGUGUGGGCCUGUGGCAGGAUUUGGUGUUGGACUACCGCGUGCUGGACACCGUGUUGGUGUUUAAGAAGUUGCUGGACCCGGGACGCUUGGCCGAGUCCUUGUCCGCGACACUGGCGUGGUAUCCCUGGCUUGCCGGACGGCUGAAUAAUGGCGUCGAUUCGCCCAUCGAGGGCUUGACGAAGAAGGAGCGCCAACAGGCAGAGACCCUGGCGGCAAACGCAAAGACAGGCAAGUGGGUAGACCACAACAACAAGGGCGUUUCCUUUGUCCUGGCCACGAUGGAGAACGUCGGUUGGCCCGAUUUGGUCGAUUCCGCGACGAUCCAGUACUCCACAGGCGGCGGGGCGGGCCACCGGGACAAUUUGAUGAAUUUUAAGGACUACUGCGAUCUGGAGCCAGAGAUGGCCAAGCGAAUGCUCUCGGGCAUAGCGCCAUUGGUCACGGUUCAAUUGACGAAGCUGCAGCGGGGAGGCUGCGCCCUUGGAGUGGCCAUGUCGCAAGCCGUCGCGGAUGCGGAAUCCUUUAGAAUGUUUUUGCAAGACUGGAGUUUGGUAUUAACUUAACUCUUCUCGGCUUUACUCCCUUCGUUCAAAGGUGAUUGGUCUCUAACUAAUGAAACACGAUUCUCAUUUCCACCUUAUUGAGCUUAUACCGAAACGACAAGUGUGAGCAUCCCGGAACUACAUGCCCUUCUUUAUUUAAUACUUCCUUCUGCAACGUUAAAGUUCAACAAGUAUGAUCUCAUGACGGUUUGUUGUCCCGUGCUCAUUUCAGGUCUACCAAGAGGGAGGGCGAUUGCUGGAACCGGUGGCAUUUUUGCCAGACUCGAUGGUUCUACCGCAAAGGCUCUCGUCUCAAUUGAUGAGGGAAGCGAUGCAGCGACUGGGCCUGAUGAAGCUAGAGCCCGGGCUUUCGCAGCAGUUGAUCAAGGAGAGCAAGGCCGCCCUGGCGGCAGCUGCAGCCCAUAGUGGGAAGCGCGUGGAACGCCCACCGCAUGUGAGAUUGACGCUAUCGCGUUUCCACCGGGACACGCUGCAGCACGGAGCGCAGCAAGAACUGGGCAAGAGGGGAACGCGCGAAGUGACGAUUCAGGAAGCAGUAAUUGUUCACAUCUGGAGGCUUCUACUGGAUACAUGCGAUUUCUCCCGCUCCGAGCGAAAACACCUCUCGCUUCUCCUCAAAGUGGAUCCCCGCCAAUUUUUGGACCCACGACAAUUUGACGUGCGGGUACAUUUUCUAUCUUCUCAGGAGCUCGUGAAUGAAAAGAAACUGCCCUAGCAUGGAAAUACUCACAUGGUUUGGUCAAAUAGAACAUGGGAAUGUAUCCUAGGGGUAUGGCUUCAUCUGCGUCAAAUGAUGAUUUAGAUUUCCUCCUUUUUAUGGAAAUCUCACACAUGAUUAUUGUCAUCGCCAUCAUCAUCUCCACGCUCUUCUGAAGCUUCGAAGCAUGUUUCUAUUGAAUCUCGUCACUCACCAUUUUCAGACUUUCGGCUCGGCGACUCUGGGUGUGCCCAUGGCCGUGGACAUGAGCGGUGAGAACAUAGGUGUGAUGGAUGCCUUCCAUCAUGCGUGCGAUGCCGUUCUGACAAAUGAGUACGUAGCUGCGGUGCUGCAACUGGAUCCGCACAUGUUUCCGGACGAUCAGGCUAGCGGACGCGUGUUGUUCAACCCGAUGGUUUCCACCGAGCAGCCCGGUUGCCUCCCAGAGGUGUGGAUGUGCAGCGUGCCAUUAGGCACGGACGCAGUGGCCACGGAAAGAGCUCAAGAGGCCUAUGCACAGAGUGGCCAAGUCAACGCGUUCCAACCGUCACUUUUGACCUUCGGCGUGGACCUCGUGCGAAGCGAAACCUGCUAUAACGGCGAAGCGAUGAAGAUAUGUGAGCGAGUGGACGGUGGCGUUGACAUCUACCUCUCGGCGGUUCCCAAAGCCUUCUUCAACGCGUGGCCGCAGGUCACAAAGAAAUUCCCAGGACCCGGUUCGUUCAUCGCGGAGGUCCUUAAGCGACACAACGAAUGGCGCGAUCGACUCCAGCCACCCCGCCGCAGUGCCUUCAACUUUGCCAUGGGCCACCACGGAUGAGUGCUAAUCGCUAGUUGAAAGUAGAUGAGGGUUUACUUUACUCUAAAAGUAAGCAAAAAUGUUUGUGAAAUAUGAUUUCGAGUUUGGGUAGGUAGCAAGAUGGGAAGAACACCCUGUACCUUACGGCUUUUGAUUUCGUUAGCAGAUAGGAGGAGGGAGGUGCCAUAAAAUGAAAAAAGAUAAAGACAUGAAUGCUUAGAAAAGCCAGCGUGGUGAUUAGUUAGCACCAUGGACUAGUGUCGAAAAAUGAAUACUUCGUGUGACAUGAAUAGAAUAGAAAUUUUCUUUUUGCUGCUUUAUUCUCGGACGGACGGCCCGAAACUUGAACGUUGUGAUUGUACAGAUUGUUGAAUUGUUUUUGAGUUGGCGCGGAUUUCCGUAGACAUAUUUUUAAUGUAAAGUCAGUGUAAUAUCGCCGCCCUUUGCUUUUAUUUAAAUGGAUGUUGCCUGGCGGUAGGUCUGAUCGUACUGUUGACUAGAUGGUAUUCUAAACGUAUAAUACGGUAAGUUGUUUUCACUUCAUUACAACCGGGGUGGCCUACUUCGUUAAUGAAUUCUUCCGAUGGUUAGCGCUGCGCUUGUCGCUGUGGAAAGUAAGACAAGAAGCGAAAAUGCAUAUAGAAAGUGCAUUUUGUCGACUACGCCCGGCGACGGGGAGAUGGAGUCACGUCCCAACGAAUGAAUGAAUGAAUGAGUGAAUGAAUGAAGGAAGAAAGGAUAAGUAUGCAACAACGAAGUGCCGUUUAGGCGCAUGGCGGAGGACUGCACGAAC